ACUUAAUAAGAUAUUUAAAAACUAAAGUCAGUGGAAGUGUAUGGCACGCGUGCUCCUUUAAAAAAGAAUGAACAAAUUUAAUUGUUUAAAAAAUAAAAAAUAAAAAUUAUUUAAGUGUUUAAGUGAUAAAAGAAAAAGUUGAGGUGACCAAGUCACAAAUCAUUCAUGUAUAAUUAGUAUCGGGAAGAUAACUUGGAAUGAGAAUAUAAUGGUGUUCCGUGACAGAUUGAAAAGUGAAAAAACUUGCUUCAUUGACUUGUUUUCUGUUGACUUUAAUUCGUUCAAUCAGAAGUGAAAUAAAUCAACAGAAGCUUGAACAAAUGUCUCGGGCUUAUAACUUUCUUCAGCUUUAGCUACGGAGGAAACUAUUACAAUAGGAAAAACAUUUGUGUUCUUAUUUCAAAGCUGCUCUAUGGCUUCUAUAGAUUUCCUUCCCCUUAUUAUUUAUUUUCUUCAAUUCAUUAGUCUUGCCAGGGGCCAGACGGUUUGCUAUGACACAGGAAACUUCACAAACAAUGGCACCUAUGCCAAAAACAGGGGCCUCCUCCUCUCUUCUCUUACUUCUAAUGUCACAGCAAACGGUGGUUUUUACACUACCUCAGUCGGCCAAGAUAGCGACAAAGUAUAUGGUCUUGUGAUGUGCAGACCAGACUCUACAGAAGAAGCUUGUUCAGACUGUGUCAGUUCUGGGAUUCAAGAUAUAGUGACAACUUGUCCGAACCAAAAAGAAGCAAUUUUAUGGGGUGGGGGUAAGUAUCCUCCUUGCAUUAUUCGCUAUGCGGAUCGUCCCAUCUCUGGAAAAAUGGAGCUAGAUCCUUCUCAAUCUGGAUAUAAUACUGCAAACCUCACGUCAGAUAUCGAGGAGUUUAAUCAAAUCUGGAGCAAUUUGAUGGAACAAGUUGGAACAAAAGCCUCAACUGGAUCUUCUAAAAUUAAGGCCGCAACUGGGAAAGCAAACUUAACAUUGUUUCAGAACAUAUAUGUACUAAUGCAAUGCACUCCUGAUCUAUCUCAGAGUAGCUGUAACUACUGUCUACAACAAGCUGUCGCUAACUAUCGAAGUUGUUGCUUCGGUAAGGUAGGAGGUUAUACUAUCAAACCCAGCUGCUGGUUCCGGUGGGAUCUUUACAUCUUUUAUACACCCAUUGCUGAUUCUCCACAACCAUCUCCUCAUUAUCUGCCAUCUCCGCUGCCUUUGCCUUCUCCAACUUCACCAAUAGUGAGAGAUAAGAAGGAUAUUGCAUCUAGAACUGUCGUUAUUAUUGUUGUUCCUGUAGUCAGCUUUUUGGUGCUCGUUCUCUCCAUAUACAGCCUUUUGACGAGGAAUAAACCCAGGAAACUAACCGAAAGUGUUUGUGAACGCACGGAUGAUAUUAGUACUACUGCUGAAUCAUUGCAAUUCGACAUUGGGACUAUUCGAGUUGCAACAAAUAAUUUCUCUGAUGAUAAUAAGAUUGGAGAAGGUGGAUUUGGCACUGUUUACAAGGGUAGGCUUCCUGAUGGAGUAACUAUAGCUGUGAAAAGGUGGUCAAGAUAUUCUAAACAAGGAGAAGUUGAAUUUAAAAACGAGGUCCUCUUAAUGGCCAUGCUUCAACACAAGAAUUUGGUUAGGCUUCUAGGUUUCUGCCUCGAGGAAAAAGAAAAACUUCUCAUCUAUGAGUUUGUCCCGAAUUCGAGCCUCCACUAUUACGUCUUUGAUUCAAAUAGGCGACUAUUGCUAGAUUGGAAGAUGCGAUAUAAUAUCAUAGAGGGUAUAGCUCGAGGGAUCCUUUACAUACAUGAAGAUUCUCCAACUCGAAUCAUUCAUCGUGAUCUGAAAGCUAGUAACAUUCUAUUAGACGAACAAAUGAAUCCUAAAAUUUCAGAUUUUGGAACAGCAAAGUUGUUUGAAGCCGAUCAUUCUCAAAUUGCUACACGUAGAAUUGUGGGAACCUAUGGCUAUAUGCCCCCAGAAUACGUUAAGCAUGGGAAAGUCUCAGUAAAAACUGAUGUUUUUAGCUUUGGUGUGCUUCUUUUGGAAAUCAUAAGUGGUCAAAAAGCUAAUUGUUUCCGUGAUGGCAGGCUGGAAGAGAAUCUGUUAACCUGCGCAUGGAGAAGCUGGAAUGAAGGGGCGCCUUUAAAUUUGAUAGAUAAAGUUGCACUGUGCGUUGGUUCAAGAAAGGAGAUGAUAAGAUGUAUCCAUAUCGGGUUGUUAUGUGUUCAAGAAGAUGUGGCAAAGAGACCCACAAUGGCUUCGGUCGUUCUCAUGCUUAGCGACCGCUCUAUCACUCUUCCACGACCCUCAAGACCUGCAUUUCUUAUGAUGCAGGAAACACUUGACAAAGACCUAGAAGCAUCACCUAAUCAAGAAGUAACCACAGAAGAUCCAUCAGUAAACGAGGUCUCAUUUAGUGAACUAGGUCCGCGCUGAUGUAUAUAGGUUCAGGGGCGGAUCCAAAUCGGAUGUUAGGGGGUUCCCAGUGCAAAAAUAUUUAGGAUUUACUAGUUGGUUUGUGGGUACCUUCUGAUUGUGCCUCAUGUGUACCACCAAUAGAUAAUUAUACUAAUGGUGACUUAAUUUACAUUUAGUUUCGUUUUAGUCA